AUGUCGUCCAUCCUCCGCAGACUCCAGGGUGGAAACCUCGAAGUGUUCAAGUUCGGCGUAUAUAUCAUCUUCCCCAUCGGCUGGAUGUACUACUUCGGAACGAACCUCGACGACCGCUUCAACAUCACCGGCUUCUGGCCCAGCGCCGAACAAUCGCACAAGAUCCCGCUCGAGAAGGAAGAGAUUGACCGGGAGUUGGCGCGCAUGCGGACCGCGGACGCUCUCCGGCGCGAGAAGCGACAGCAGCGGGAGGCGUUGGAGGCGCAGGCCCAUGCUCAGUUCCAGGCUCAGGCUCAGGCUCAAGCUCAGGCGUCGGAUGCGCAGAGCUCGCAGUAG